CAGCCCACAAUGCGCGCGCUGCAAAAAGAAGGAAAAACACGAAAAGCAUAAGAAACAAGAAAUAUAUAGAGUACACCGCCUCCUCCAAAUAGUUCGCAUACGUAGGUUGGGCUCUCAUUUCGGCGAUACGAAGUGUAGAGUGUGUGAACUCGGCUCUUUCUCGGAUUGUGUGAGCGAACGGACCGGACCACCACCAAAAGCGGCCUGCUGUCGUCUUUUUGUUAUUCCCGAAGCAACGCUCCACGCCAACGGAUCGCUUGAGCAGCCAGCAGUGCGGAAUAUAUAGAAAUUUGAGAGAAUAGAAAUAAAAGGAGCCAACUCAGAGGCCCCCAGCAGUGGCAGUGGAAGUGGAAAAGCACGCGCGUCAUCGUAAAAACGUGCUACGAAAUCGGGAGGGAAACCGCAGUAAUAGCACCCAGGUUACAUAAAGCCACGAAGGAACAAAUCACACAUCAACGCUCGCAAUCACUGCCAUGACCGAUGCCAACAGUCUGAAUGUGUCGCUGGAUGUGGUCUGGCCCACGAUAAUUAUCCUGGCCAUGCUGGUCAUAAACGGCUUCGUGUUCGCCUACAUCAUGCGAAAGCGGCGGGAGUACAAGAAUCACGAGGAGGAGGAGCUGCAGCAGCAACAACCUGUUCCACACACAUCCUACGCGGCCACUUCGCCCACGGAACGGCGCCUGAGUGCGGAUCAGGAGGACGAUGGCUGUGCCAUUCAGAUGGAGCGACUGUAGGCCACGAGAUCGAACUGCACGUAGCUAUAGUAGCUGUCAGAUACUCACCCACUAUCGUCCAAGCUCUCAACUGCAACUGCAACGAUGUUUCCUAAGCCAUUAUAUCUCUAGAUUCUCCCAGAGAUAUGUAUGUAGUUAUACAAAACGUAUACGACGAGUGCCUGGAUCGCACGUGCAUUUAAUUACGGUGUUUUUAAGUUGUUAACUCUAUUUCGCAAUUCAUUUUCUACAAAAGUCUACAAUAAAUGUGUGAAUUUUAUCAUGCCGCAUCGAGAACAUACA